CAGCAGCAGUACAAAAAUCAAGACCAGAGCCGAGAAUAUACACCAGCUUCUCUCCGUCUCUCUCCCCCCAAAACCCUACCCAACGAUCCUCGGCCAUGGGCAGCGGCGUACGCGGCCCCCGCAAUUCAUCCUCGGGCGGAGGAAUCCGCGCCGUCUCCUCCUACAGAAUCUUCGUCUCCGCAAUGCUUACUCUCCUCUUCAUCGCCACUCUCUCCGUCCUUCUCUCCCCCACCGCCCCAAAUCACGAUCCUAUCGACGGCUCUUCAGGACGCCAAUUGAGCGACACUGGCCCCGUACGGACCUACGUCAGCCGUACAUUCCUGGCCCUCAAAUCCGAUCCGUUGAAAACGAGAUUGGAUCUGAUCCACAAGCAGGCCAGGGAUCACAUCGGUCUGGUCAAUGCCUACGCGGCCUACGCGAGGAAGCUCAAGCUUGACAACUCGAAGCAGCUCAAGAUCUUCGAGGAUCUCGCGCAAGAUUUCACUGAUCUCACAGCCAAGCCUUCGUAUCGAUCUUCGUUGAUUGAGGUGGACGGCCCGAUCGAUGAGGACGUGCUCCGGCAGUUCGAGAAGGAGGCGAAGGACCGGAUCAAGGUGGCCCGCCAGCUGAUCGCUGAGACGAAGGAGUCGUUUGAUAAUCAGCUCAAGAUCCAGAAGUUGAAGGACACGAUCUUCGCAGUCAAUGAGCAGCUCACCAAGGCCAAGAAGCUCGGCGCGCUCUCCAGCAUGAUUUCUGCUAAGUCAGUCCCAAAGAGCUUGCAUUGCCUCGCAAUGCGAUUGGUGGAGGAGCGGGUGGCCCACCCAGAGAAGUACGUUGACAACGGGCCGCCACCGGCGGAGUUUGAGGAUCCGAGCCUCUACCACUACGCAGUCUUCUCCAACAAUGUGAUUGCCACAUCCGUCGUGGUGAAUUCUGCUGUCAAGAAUGCAGAGGAGCCAUGGAAGCACGUGUUCCAUGUGGUCACCGAUCGGAUGAACUUGGCUGCGAUGCAGGUCUGGUUCAAGAUGCGGCCUGCUGACGGGGGUGCCCACGUCGAGGUGAAGGCGGUAGAGGAUUAUGAAUUCCUGAACUCAUCCUACGUGCCUGUGCUCCGGCAGCUUGAAUCAGUGAACCUGCAGGCAGAGGACGCUGCCCGGGACCCAGCAAACAUGAAAUUCGGGCACCCCAAGUACAUGUCCCUGCUGAGUUACCUCCGGUUCUACCUGCCUGAGAUGUACCCGAACCUGCACCGGAUCUUGUACUUGGAUGACGAUGUGGUGGUCCAGCGGGACCUGACGGGGCUGUGGAAGAUCGACAUGGAUGGGAAGGUGAAUGCGGCAGUCGAGACCUGCUUCGGCUCAUUCCAUCGGUACUCGCAGCACUUGAACUUCUCGCAUCCACUCAUUCGGGAGAAGUUCAAUCCAAAGGCGUGUGCAUGGGCCUUCGGGAUGAAUUUGUUCGAUCUCAAUGCUUGGAGAAGGGAGAGGUGUACCGAAGAGUACCAUUAUUGGCAGAAGCUGAAUGAGGAUCGGACAUUAUGGAAAAUGGGUACACUUCCACCAGGCCUGAUUACAUUUUACUCGACAACAAAGUCAUUGGACAAAUCAUGGCAUGUGCUCGGGCUUGGGUACAAUCCGAGCAUAAGCAUGGAUGAGAUCCGCAACGGUGCAGUUAUACAUUUCAACGGGAACAUGAAACCAUGGCUCGACAUUGCAAUGAAUCAGUUCAAGCACCUCUGGACCAAGUAUGUUGACUAUGAGAUGGAGUUUGUGCAGAUGUGCAAUUUUGGCCUCUAGGUGACAACCCUCUCACUUUCUUUGAAGAGGUAUGCCAAAAUAACUUGAGGCCAUACUGAUUUUACCCUGUUUCCAAGCGUCCUUGAUCAAAUUUCUUCAAGGCUUCUCUGUUAGUAAUAGCAUUCUCUUUUAAAUUAUUCAUUAGCGGUUGUUGAAAUCCUACGAUUCAAUUUCAAUCCCACGGAGAAGUAUUCAUGAUUCUACGUGAAUCUUUUGACAGAAAUCCUACAUGAAUCGUAAGAUUCAGUAAAAUAUGAAAUGCAAAUAGAAUGUCAUUACAUUUAAUUGUUUUAUUGUAAGUUUUUGUCUCGUAUAUUGAAGGGGGUGAAAUGGAAUUGAAUGUUUGGCAUUC